UUGAACCGGGUCUGGGAAAUCUUCACCAUAGAGUGGGAGACAACCUGGUAUCUGAAUAGGUUCUGCUACGUCUCUGAAUUCACCAGAAAUCUCAUCGUGGAGGAUCGAAAAAUAGAGGCAGAAGGAAAGCGUUGAAGCAGCUGAAUAGAAGUAAAUGAAAGACAAAAUAUUUAGGUCCCUUGCGAAACUUAGUACCUCAGUUGCAAAAGGGUCUGCAACUACAGCAGCCAAACGAUAUUUGGAGUUCAAGGACUUCAAUUCAUGUUGUAAAGAUGGCAAAGACUUGGCCACUAUGAGUUGAAUUUGGACUCCUAAAUUAGCAUCUUCGGGCAGGUCUUGUUUGUUGAUUGGAGGAAGAAAAAUGGAUUGGAUGUUUGAAGGAAGAUUCUGAAGGCAGGCUAUGGAGGCAGAAGGAGGAGAUUCUAGUGAGGGGAUGAUGAAAGUGACAUGAAAAUCUGGGUUAAGAUGAACAAGUCGCUUGGAGAACUCAAGAACAGGAAUCAGAUGGCUAAAGCCAGGACUAGGAACAACGGCUAUGCGCUUUGUUUUGAAAUUUCCAUGGAGAAAACAACACACAUUGCCGUUGUUCCCAGUCCAGGUUUUAGCCAUCUGAUCCCUGUUCUUGAGUUCUCCAAGCGACUUGUUCAUCUUCACCCAGAUUUUCAUGUCACUUUCAUCAUCCCCUCACUCGAAUCCCCUCCUCCUUCCUCCGUAGCCUACCUUCAGAAUCUUCCUUCAAACAUCCAAUCCAUUUUUCUUCCUCCUAUCUCCAAACAAGACGUACCCAAAGAUGCCAAUAUAGCAGUCCAAAUUCAACUCACAGUGGCCAAAUCCUUGCCAUCUUUACAACAAGAAUUGAAGUCCUUGAAUUCCAAAUCUCAUUUGGCUGCCAUAGUUGCAGACCCUUUUGCAGCUGAGGUAUUAAGCUUCGCAAAAGAACUCAAUACUUCGUCUUUCAUUUACUUCCCUUCAGCUGCUUCAACUCUUUCCUUUUGCUUCUAUCUCCCUACUCUUCAUGAAGAGAUUUCCGGUGAGUUCAGAGACGUACCAGAACCUAUCCAGAUCCCAGGUUGUGUCCCACUCUAUGGAAGAGAUCUCCCUGAACCGUUUCAAAAUCGGUCCAGUGAAUCUUACACAUCGUUUCUUCAACGAACCAAGAGAUUGUUCUCUGUUGAUGGAUUAUUGGUUAACACCUUCACGGAGAUGGAAGAAGGUGCUGUAAGAGCCUUGACACAGAAAGAAAGUGGUUAUCCGCCUGUAUAUCCGAUUGGACCCAACACUCAAACCAGGUCAAAUGGUGAAGAAAAUGGGUCAGAGUGUCUGAAGUGGUUGGAGAAUCAACCACCAAGCUCUGUUUUAUAUGUUUCUUUUGGAAGUGGUGGGACCUUAUCUCAAGAACAAAUCAAUGAGCUAGCUUUUGGCUUGGAAAGCAGUGGCCAGAAAUUCUUAUGGGUUCUUAGAGCACCAAGUAACUCAGUGAAUGCUGCUUACCUUGGUUCUACAAAUGAGAAUCCUUUAGAUUUCUUACCAGAAGGUUUCUUGGAGAGAACCAGAGAGCAAGGUUUUGUUAUUCCUUCAUGGGCACCUCAAGUUUCAAUCCUUAGCCAUAGGUCCAUUGGUGGGCUUUUGAGUCAUUGCGGCUGGAACUCCACACUUGAGAGUGUACAGAAGGGAGUGCCGAUAAUAGCGUGGCCACUUUUUGCAGAACAGAGAAUGAAUGCUGUUUUGUUAACUGAUGGUCUAAAAGUUGCAUUGAGGCCUAAAGUUAAUGAAAAUGGCAUAGUGGAAAGGGAAGAGAUUGCUAAACUGGUAAAGCUUUUGAUGGAAGGUGAAGAAGGUAAGGAGAUUCGCAAGAGAAUGAAAAAUUUAAGAGAUGCUUCUGCUAAUGCACUUAAAGAAGAUGGUUCUUCUACAAAAGCGCUGUCUGAAGUUGCACUCAAGUGGAAAAGUAAUUUAAAUGCAAUUUCUUUUCCAAGUCUCGUCUUAACAGAGGCAUCCCCAAUUGCAUAUACGUACACACUCAAGUAGUUGAGAAUGAAGCAAAAAAUGUGAAAUGAAGGAUGCAACAGACUGAAAUGAUUGAGAGCCAGCGUCUUGUAGAAAUGAUGGGAGAAUCCUGGCAUGCCUAUAAUGGGUGGGAGCUUAACAAAUGAGAGUUAAAUAGUAAGGGCAAGCAAAGGAAAAAUGAAAUACAACUUUGAGAUGAAAGAAGAAAACAAAGGUCGUAGUGCCUUCCCCCCCCCCCCAGCAUAUAUUACUUUAGAAUCAAAGCAAUUCAGAUAGACGAUUUUGGAAGCCAGAGAGCAAGGGUGAAUUUACCGUAAGAUCAGCUUACAAACUGAUCACGGAACCCAAGUGGGAGGAUGAACAGACUUAUUGGAACUUAGCGUGGAAAUAUAAGCAUGACUUCAUAAACAACUGCUGCUAGCUUUUAAUGUCUCUCUGGCUUUGCU